UCUCAAUAGAUGAUGUCGGAAAACUGAAACAAGAUUUCUUUAAAGUUAUUGUUCAAAACUAAAAUAAAAUUAAAGUAUUUACAUAUAACAUUUAAAUAAUUGCAUAGGUUUAAGGAGAUAAGUACACGUAUGUAGAUUUACGAAUAUUUAAUUACUGUUUGCGAUUUUGUUGUUGUUUAUUUUUACGAAAAAAUGGAUAUGGAAGACAAUGCGAUGGGCCUGACCACAGAACAAACUGAUAAAAUACUGCAAUUUCAAGAUCUAACUGGUAUUGAGGAUAUGUCAAUAUGUAGAGAUGUUUUACAAAGACAUCAGUGGGAUUUGGAGGUAGCGAUACAAGAGCAACUAAAUAUAAGGGAAGGCAGGCCUUCCGUGUUUGCCACAGAAGCGCGGGCGCCCCCAGUCGUUCACGACCACAUAGCACAACAAGUCUUCACAGACGAUGCCCCAGAAGGACCUGGCGGCGUAACUGGCCUCUUCCGUUAUGUAGUUAACCUAGUUGUAUCUGUGUGCUAUAGUACAAUAUCAUCAGUUUUGAAUUUAUUAUUAAGUUUCAUAAGGAAUGAUGACCGAAGAUUGGUCACAGAUCCCCUGGGGGAUGUCAUGGGAUUCAUCAACAACUACAAUUCACGUUUUAACCCACACCCUGUAUUCUACCAGGGCACUUAUGCUCAGGCACUGAAUGAUGCCAAAAAUGAACUGAGGUUCCUCAUUGUAUACUUACAUUCAGAGUCCGCACCAGAGACAUUAAAUUUCUGCAGGAAUACUCUUACAGAUCCCGGAGUAAUCCAAUAUAUCAAUACUCAUGCUCUCUUCUGGGGUUGUUCAGUUGACACCUCAGAGGGUUGGAGGGUCGCACAAUCAGUUGGUGGGAGGAGAUAUCCGUUGCUGUGUGUGGUGUGUGUGCGAGACCACCGUAUGACUGUGGUAGCAAGGAGCGAAGGGUCAUGUUCACCAAACCAACUCAUAAAUAGAUUACAGAGGAUUGUUUCCGAAAAUGAACCGUACCUUACUGCUGCUAGGGCCGACAGAGUGGAACGCGAAGUAACAGCGCGUCUCCGAGCUGCCCAAGAUGAAGCGUACGCUGAAUCAUUAGCCGCUGACCAAGAGAAGGAGCGGCGUCGUGCGGCUGACAGAGCUGCACGAGCUCAACGCGAGCACGAGGACCUGCAGCGAAGGGAGCAAGAGGAGCGGCAUAAACUAGAGGUGGAAGCAGCAAGAGUUGCAAUAGCGGAACAGUUACCUGAAGAGCCAAAAGCUGGUCCAGAAGCAUUGGCCCUGCUUAUCCGUCUGCCAACUGGAGAGAGGCUUACUAGGCGAUUCCUUUUCGCUAAUACUACUAAGGAUCUCUACGAUUUCGUCUUCAGCCAUCCACAGUCGCCUGAAGAGUUUGAAAUCACGACAAAUUUCCCGAAACGUGUCCUAUCUCGCGGCCACUCUAAACUCGUCGACGUUGGCCUCAAAGAUCGCGAUGUUCUCUUCGUCAACGAUGUAAACGCAUAAAAUGUCAAUAAAGAUUAAAUUACUAGCCGUUAAGAAACAUUGUUCUUUUUUUAAUUUAGAAUACAAAUCUUUUUGUUAUCUGUGGCGAAUGAGCGCGAAAUUUCUUAUAUUUAUUCAAAUUUUAAAUUUUGUUCUUCGGUUUUGGUUACAAAUUGGUAGAAUAUGUUUAGUUCAUAAAGCAAUAGUUACGAAAAAUUUGGUUGAAAAUCUUUUAUUUUGUCUCGUUUUAUUUUCUAUUCAUAUUGUAUAAAUUCGGACAAAUUAUGGUGUAAUGGUAUAUAAUUGAUAAUUGUGUAAUUUAUUGUUGUAAAUAUUUUCAUUAUGCUCAUUUAGUUGUGAAGCAUUAAGUUUUAAGUUCAAUAGUAAAUGAUUACUAUGGACAGUUCAAAGAAUUACAUAUUUGGCAUAAUAUUAUGUAGUUACUAAAAAAUAAGUGAAGUUUUUACGAAAUAGGAUUCAUACCAUUUUCUUUCUAUGUAAAGUAUCUACACAAUUUUCUUUGACAAUAAAGAUAUUUCUAAAAACA